AUGGAUUCCGGCCGUAUUUUCUUCGACCCGUCUUGCCACAGCAACAUGUUGUUUCUGGGCAACGGCGACUCACGUUUUCGAGGAGCAAGUUCAGUGAUGGGCAUGGAGGAAAUGAAGCGGCCUUUCUUCAGUACGGCCGAUGAGCUUUACGAAGAGGAAUAUUUCGACGAGCAGUUGCCGGAAAAGAAACGCCGUCUCACUUCUGAGCAGGUGCACUUGCUGGAAAAGAGCUUUGAGGCUGAGAACAAGCUGGAACCUGAUCGAAAAACCCAACUGGCUAAGAAUCUGGGCUUGCAGCCAAGACAAGUGGCGGUUUGGUUCCAAAACCGCCGUGCCAGGUGGAAGACCAAGCAGCUCGAGAGGGAUUAUGAUGAGCUUAAGGCCUCAUUUGACUCUCUCAGUUCCAAUUACGACUCGAUUCUCAAGGAAAACGAGAAGCUCAAAGCUGAGCUUAUUUCCUUGACCGAGAAAUUCCAGCCCGAGAAAAAGCCCGGUGAGGAACUGGGUCAGAAACCCGACCCACUCCCGGUGGGCCCGCUUCUCUCGAGCCUUCAGCUGACCAUGAAGGCUGAGGACCGCCUUAGUACAGGCAGCGAUGGCAGUGUCGUGGUGGAUAAUGAUGGCCGGCAGCUUCUAGACAGCGGGGAUUCGUACUUUCCGGCUAGUGACUAUAUGACUGCAGAGGAUUCUGGCACGGAUGGCCAAAGCUACUUUUCCGAUGUGUUUGAGGCUGCCGAUCAGCAGGAGCCAAUGGGGUGGUGCAUAUGGCCUUAA